AUGUCCUCCAGGAAAAGACCCUCAUCCUCCCUUUCUCCUCCUCCUCCAACAAGCAAAAUGUUCAAGAAAUCCACAUCGAGCAAUAAAGCCAAACCCCAGACUAGGCAUGAACCGACCGAUGAAUUCCAGCAAGUCACUUUACCUUCUUUCGUAGAUAGAUGGAGAGUAGAGGAUCUUGGAUAUGGAGGUGAUGUGUAUUAUCAGCCUCAGUUCAUCGAUUCGGAAGAAGCUCAGAGAUGGUAUGAUCAUUUACUCGGCUUAGACACCUACCAACCUACCUUGAAACUCUACGGUCGUACUUUCCCCCAAUCCCGUCAGAUCGCAGCAUAUUCCACCACGCCCAAUUCUUCCCUCACAUACUCCGGAUCCUCAAUCACCAUGCAUCAUCCGUUCCCCUCCAUACUUGAGGAAAUACGACUGAGAUUGGAGAAGGAUUUAGGCGUGAGAUUCAAUCAUUGUAUGUUGAAUAGGUAUGAUGAUGGGAGUGUGUACAUUGGCAAACACUCAGACAAUCUGAAUAAUCUUGUGAUAGCUUCUAUCUCCCUGGGAGCAGAAAGGAAAUUCAUCAUGACACCUAGAUUACCUAGUAAGACUAGUAAGAAUAGUAUGACCAAAGACGUAAAAGAGGGAUUGGAAGAUAGGAAGAAAAUAAGUUGGAUUCUGGGUAAUGGUAGUCUGGUCAUAAUGCAGGGAAGAACCCAGGAGUUCUGGAAGCAUGAAAUACCUAAAGAACCAUCAAUCAAAAAUGGUAGGAUAAGUCUAACUUACAGACAACUCGUCUAA